UUGACGCAAUCUUUGAAGCUUUAUCUGAAUGCACCGCAUUGCAUCCUGACAAAGAUUUUAUAGAACAAGAAGAUGAAUUUUAUGGCAAUGGUGAUAAUAAUGAAUGGUUCACAGCUGCACCAAGCGAUGAACAAGAACUAAGUGAAGUCGGAAGUGCAUCAUUAGCAUAUUUGGAUUCUAUUAUUGAUCAACCAAACUUGACAGAGCAACAAAGAACAUCUCCAGACACAAAUGAACAUGAUGAAGAGAUGUUUGAGGAUGCAGAAGAAUAA